CAUCACCCAUCCCUUUCUUCAACGAAAAACAAUUUCAAUCUCUUCCUCUCCUUCUUCUAUGAUUAUUAUCCAUGGCGUUCAAAAAAACUCUUGCCCAACGCCUCUUCAACAUCACCAAAAUAUCGUCACAAAAUCUCACAAAUUCUCGCAUUUCAUCCUCCUCCGUCUGUGGAGGUGUUUCUUCAAAGUUCUCUGAACCCGACAUUGCUCCAGAACCCGGAGACAAUGGAAAAUUCCGUAGAUAUUUUCACGGGUUCGAACCGGAACGAACCGGGUUCAAAACGGAGCUAAAUUCGAAAACCGGAAACAUUGUGGAGAAGCUGAGAGCAAUGGAUAUUGCUCGGAGCCGCAUUCGGUUGGAGGGAUUGAGUCCACCGGCGGAAAUGACGGAGGUGGACGGUGUCACCGUCGAGGAUGUGAGAAAGUUGCUGAAAGUGACGCAAUUGGAGAUGGUGAAAUCGAGGUUGAGAGAUUCUACAAAUAGUUGCGUAACGGUUUCGGAGUUUAUUCGGAUCUGCUCCGAAUAUUGUUCCAAUGAUGAUGAAGCGGUUAAGAUUGCAAAGAUGCUUGAUGAUUCUGCUGCUGUCAUUAUAUUAGGAGAUGUUGUGUUUCUUAGACCUGAACAGGUAGCAAAAAACAUCCAAAGUCUACUCCCUAUACGAGGAGCAAAAGUGGCAGAUUCAAUUAGAAAAGAAUAUGAAGAAAUGGAGAAAAAGAAGAUAGCCAUUGACAACAGAACCAACACCUUGAUUCGCCGUGAGCUUUGGGGAGGUUUGGGUUUCAUGAUAGUGCAAACAAUGGCAUUCAUGAGGCUCACCUUUUGGGAGCUUAAUUGGGAUGUGAUGGAACCUAUUUGUUUCUAUUUAACAUCCAUGUAUUUUAUGGCAGGCUACACAUUCUUCCUUAAGACUUCAAAAGAACCUUCUUUUGAAGGUUUUUAUGAAGCCCGUUUCAACUCCAAGCAGAAACGUCUUAUGAAGCUUCACAAUUUUGAUAUUGAAAGGUACAAUAAGCUCAAGGAUGUUUGUUUUCCCACAGCUAGUACAAUGUUUGAUUCAUCUAUUGCUCUAACAUUCGGAAAUUCUUCACAACAUCAUUGAUAUAGAGAAAGUAAUCAAUUGGCCUUAAACAAAAAUAAAGAUGUAGAAGGUUAUUAAACCUUAGUUACAUAAUUUUGUUCAUUGACUUUAGAAUACAACAUAUAGCUCAAAUUUUGAGGGUUUUAUUAUUGAUAAUUUUGGGGUAAAAAACCAUUUCGGAAAGGGUUAUUAAGAUGUAUGGUAAGAGUAUAUUAGAAUUAGAUGCGGCUUUGUGUAAAAUGAGUGCAGUGUGUUCAUUACAAUUUUCCUUUAUUAAAAGUCACAUGAUUACAUUACAUUUUGAGAUAUCAAAAUUUCAUUUGUAUAAAAAAAAAAUCAAA